UUCCCCUUUUAUGAAACGUCAAAUCAGUGCAAAAUACAACAAUAAUAAACACGAUGAAAUUAAAUCAAAACGUAUCGAACGUGUAAUAAAUCGAGUCAAAAUGGAAUUAUUUAGAUCAGAGUCGUUUUACAUAUUCGUUAGAAAUGAAUCAAGUUUGUGGUGGAACAGGACAACAGGGGCAUUUUCAGUGCGAUCAGCAUGGGAUUUGUCUGAUAUUGAAGAUAUUGAGUGUCUGGGGAUCACAGAUGGGAUUUUGGGCAAGGUAGAGCACACAAAUAUAUACGAGCCUCGUCUUAUGAUAAUAAAAGAGAGUGCUCUUGUGGGAACAAUAUACUUCCAUCAUUCAAUAUACAAAAUCAAAUCAGUAUGCUUUUUGAAUAUGGGGCCCGUAAAUCAGGAAAUAGAAUUGACUCCUUGCACUAAACAUGGGUCUAUGCAUGCUGUGUCAAGUUCCAAUAAGUCUUUGAACAAGAAAAUGGGAGCAAGGCUUUUUGAAAACUCGGCAUUCCUGAAUAAAACUGUUGGGGCUGUGAAGAAUGUUAGUAACACCAUUAAGACCACUACACAGCAGGCUGCUACACAGGUGAAACAAUCCGUAAAGAAACAACGGGACCCAAAGCUAGCGGAGCGCUUCGAGAAACGUCUGACGGAUGAACUGCUCAAAAUAUUUGACGACUCAGAGAGUUUCUACUACUCCCGAACUCUGGACUUGACGAACAGUCUCCAGAGACAGUACGAGAUUGAGAAGAUACUGGAAUCCGAAGCUGGUACUGGGAAACCAGUUGUGGACAUUACAAAGUGGUGGAAACACGUCGACGAUAGAUUCUUCUGGAACAAACAUAUGCUCAAGGAUAUCAUCGCUCUUGGGAGUCCAGAUUGCGACCAAUGGAUUCUACCAAUCAUCCAAGGCUACGUUCACCUGUCCCAAAUAGCCGUGGAACCUGCAGAUGCCAACCCUUUGAAUACAGAGUCUCUCUCAAACGCUAACUCCUGUGAUGAAACCUUCACGCUCGGACUUAUUUCCCGGCGGUCCAGAUAUCAGGCUGGCACCCGGUAA